AUGCACAAGGAUGAAGCUAAAGCUGCGCGGUUGGUGGCGCGCUACGAUCGUCUGAUUGCUGCACUGGGUGAAGAUGCAUUUUGUGAUUCUACUGGAGUUUGUGCAAAAGUAGAGGAUGCUGCUGUAGCUAUCUCAAAGGCUGAGAACGACGAGCAGAGACACCAAUUGUUGACUUCCGUCAUCGACAAAAGUGUACGAUGUGCAGAGCUUAUUGCAAAGUGUUUAGAGACAUCUGCAGACCUCUGUAAGCUUCAAAAGACACUGAAUGUCGCGUAUAACCGAAGUGAAGAUAUUGGAAGCGAUGAGGACGAGGAGAUGGAUUGUGACGAGGACACACCGAAGGACGAAGCCACGACAUUAUUGCUACAGGACCUGGUGGCGGCAGGAAAUGAUGUGGAGGAUGCAGCCCAGAAGUUUGCACGUCUGGGUGUUGUACACAAGACGAUGCGUGCUUCUCACGAUCUACUGGCGUCAGCGGAUCACCAUUUGAAGGAAUAUUUGGCCAGUGAGUCAGCCACGGUCGGAGAUAUCGCGAAUCAGAACGAGUUCCGACAGCUAUAUAUGGAGGAGUUUACAACAGCUUUUGGUGACGAGUUGGACCAGUUUCGUCAGGAAGAAUGCUUUGAAAGUAAAGAUGUGACCUAUUUAAUCUCCUGCAUUCACGCAGGCGGCGACAUUUUCUCGCCGCUGCAGAAGAAGCUCUUUGUUGAAUCUGUUGGAACAAGUCGAGCAAUGGAAUAG